AUGGAGUUGUUCAGACUUCCUCCAGCACUGCUGGCUAUGGUGGCCACCUUCCUCUCACCCUCCAAUGCCCUCUCGCACACCCCUCCGCCGGUAUCAUACUCGAACGUGCUCGAGUCCAAGCUGAACCGGGACAUCACCAUAUCAUACAAGGAGCCUCCACCAGGGACAUGCAUGACGGCAAUAUCCUCACAGAAACAAUACACUGGCUACAUCAGCAUACCUCCUUUCACACUAGCGCCCAUACAGCAGAACUAUUCCAUAAACACAUUCUUUUGGUUUGUCGAAGCGCGCGAUAAUCCCAGCGUCUCGCCUUUGACAAUAUGGCUGAGCGGAGGACCGGGGACGAGCAGCAUGUUCGGUCUGUUCAACGAGCUGGGGCCCUGUGAGGUCGUACAAUUAGCGGAUGGCACAUACGGCACGCAGACGAAUCUGUGGGGUUGGGACCGGAGCAGCAAUAUGCUGUUCAUUGACCAGCCCAAUAACGUUGGGUUUUCAUACGACGUCGCGACCAACGCUUCUUUCGACCUUCUUACGGGGGAGGUAUUUGAGCCUCCCACACCUCCUGAUACGGGACUUCCGCAUUUCAUGUACCUCAAUGGUACUUUUGGGUCUGCCAGUACGGACGAUGAUGGCAAGCCUUGGGCUACGACUGCGAACACGACAGAGAUUGCUGCGCGAGCGACAUGGCAUUUCUUGCAGUCGUGGCUGGCGACGUUUCCAAAGUACAAUCCAGGAGUCCGGCCGAACAACACCAACUCGCAAGUCAAUGGGCCUGUCGGCGUCAACUUGUUCGCGGAAUCGUACGGCGGGAAGUACGCUCCGGUAUUUGCGUCUUACUUUGAAGAGCAGAACCAGGCUCGUCUGAAUGGGUCCUUACCGAGGAACGAGACGCUGGAGGUCAGGCUUGAGGUCGUUGGAAUCAUCAAUGGUCUGAUCGACGAUCUCAUACAAGACCAGUACUUUCCAGACUUUGGCUACAACAACACAUACGGCAUCGAGGCACUCAACGAGGUGGACUGGCUCAACGCGAGAGCAGCCUAUACCUAUUCCUGCGCGCCUGCGAUUCAAGCUUGCCGCAGUGCCAUGGCGAGAUCAGAUCCAGAAGGGUACGGCGACGUCACUUCCACCAACACGCUCUGUGAGCGUGCGCAGGCCGCCUGCAAUGAAAUCGUCAGCCUCAUCAACAAUGGUGGUUACUAUCCAUACGACAUCCGCCAACAACUACCAAGUCCGGAUCCCCCUGCAGCGUACCAAGAGUACCUCAACAACGAGACUGUGCUUGCGGCGAUAGGUGCGAAGGUCAACUUCACGGAGAGCAAUCCAUACGUGCAGGCUGGUUUCAUCUCCACCGGCGACACCAUCCGAGGCGGUCUCAUCCAGGAUCUGGCGAACCUCAUACGUGGUGGAGUCCGAGUUGCUUUCAUCUACGGCGAUGCUGAUUAUCUGUGCAACUGGUUCGGUGGAGAGGCUGUUAGUCUUGCUCUCGCAGCAGAGCUGACUGACUACCCGUCCGCUGCGAGUGCGAGUGCAGUGCCAGGGACAGACGCGCCUCCUACGUACGCGGACGGCUUCCCAGCUGCUGGCUACUCUCAGAUCGUGCCCAACAAGACCUACAUCGGUGGUGCGGUCCGGCAGUACGGCAAUCUGAGCUUCAGCAGGAUAUACCAGGCUGGCCAUUUCGUUCCCUACUAUCAGCCAGAGACCGCCUUCAAUGUCUUCGCCCGUAUCAUCAACGGGCUUGAAAUUGCCACGGGUAACUUGAUCGACCUUUCUACGUUCGGCUCCACUGGGCCUGCGAACGCAACUUUCACCACAACCGCAAGAUACUCGCCAACCCCGACCUGCUGGGUCCGAGCAUGGAACGCGAGUUGCAGCGACGAUGACACCGAAGGCAUGCUGGCCGGCGAAGGCGCCGUCGCCAACGGCAUAUACUACCUCGAUCCCGACGAUGUGACGUCUGCUUAUCCCGAAAGCACGAUUGCCGCUGGUGUGCCUGGCCAUCCGAUGAGUACUGGAGAGGCCGCAUCGACGAAGGUUACGGGUGUCUACACAGCGACGGCCACACCCAGCCAGGCAUCUGCGGCGUCACACAGAUCCACGCCUGGCACGCAAUUCACCUUUGCAUCCUUUGCUGCCGCUUCUGUUGGCUUUGGACUAGGACUUCUACUGCUCUUGUAA